CCUGUUAAAAUGUCAAGUGACUCGGCUCGACCAGGGAGUCCGAGCACCGGAGUCGGUGAGCAAAGACGACAGGGAUUUGAUGUUCAGGAGUCUCUCGACGGCUCCAAAUACGAGGGCGAGUUUGUUAAUGGCCUCAAACACGGCAAGGGAAAAUACACCUGGAAAAGUGGAGAGUUCUAUGAAGGCUCUUUCUACAAAGACUACAGACAUGGCGAUGGAGUAUACUUCUGGCCAUCAGGCCACAAAUUCAUUGGUAAAUUUUACCUCAACUGGAGAGAAGGAUAUGGACAACAGUUGUUUCCAGAUGGAGCCACAUUUCAAGGUUUGUACCAUGCUGACCAGAGGUUCGGUCCAGGUGUGCUUAGAAAGCCAUCAGGACAUCAGGAUGUGGGUCAUUGGAUUGGGAAACAUUUGAUACAACUAUGUAACUCUGUACAAGACAGCUUCAGCCUGAAGAAUGUUUAUGGAUAUGCUGACUACUUGGGGGAAACUACUGCCACACAUUGUCAGAGUCAGGUAGACACAGAUGAGAGCUGGCUGCUUCAUACCCUCUCCUCUGGUAUUGAGAGUUAUUGUAUAAAUGGUGACCACCUACCAUUGCCUCCAGGGCGUAGAAAAGAGUUUGACCGACAUUUUUAUGGCAAGCUGUGGGAGCCUGAUGUUCACGCAUACCAAGGCUAUAAACGAGACCCACAUGCUAAUAUGCCCUUAAAAGCCCGAAUGCUGACGCACAUUCACAAACACAGACAACGCGCUGACAGUUUAGAUUGGGAUGUUUCAGCUGUUCUUUCAUUAGUAAGGGACAGUUUUGGACCUAAAGGACUUUUGGAAGUGAGAUCAGAGCUGUUGAUCCACCAGGCUUCCAGAGGAGAACGACAGGCCGUUUUGAAGAGUCUUCUCGAUGGCCUUAUUCACCCUGAUGUAGCAGAUUCUCAGGGACACACUGCACUGAUAGCUGCCACAGUAAACUGCCAUAAUGAUGUCAUUCAGCUGUUGCUAGACAUGGGUGCUGACAUUGACAGGGCAAAUAGCGAGGGGAUGACGGCCUUGUCUGUAUGUCACGUCCUCUACUAUCCUUUUCAGUCUCUGUGCACGCUUACUGGACUUAUACCCAAAACUCAAAUCAGCCCGGUGGACUCCACCACAGACUACACUUACACUGAGAGCAUAAGAGGAAAAGUAAGAACCCGGAGGGAAGAUUGCAAUUUGGAAGAAGGUGCAGUUAAGAUGAGACAUUUUUAUGAGGCUGAAGGGAGUGGUAAGGAUGAAGAAGUGCUGCUUUCCGAAGUCUCUGUUCAGGUGAUGGAUGACCACAUUGUACUAGGCAGUGUGAAGUGGAAAGGAUAUCCUUCUGGAAAUGUUCAGCAUGACUGUAACGACGAGACCGCCGCACAAUCCUUUCCCUCUACCUGCUCCGUGUACAGCUUUGACAUAAAUGUCUCAGAGGAAGUUCUACAAGAGGCAGCUGAAGCUCUGAGUCAAACUGGCUUUUGCCAGGAUUCUGAUACUCAGGAUACUGUACGUAAGAUGGCCGCAAUGAAGUUUAUGCACCGUGUUCGUUUGACCACAUUGAAUCUGCUAUUGGAUCAGGGCGCUGACCCUAAUAUAUGCAGAGUCCCCUUACCCGUCCUCUUUUUGGCCAUAAUGGCAGCAGAUACUGAGACUGUCAAGAAACUUCUCCUGUGUGGAGCUCAAACAGAUAUCUCUCUCCCACCAGAGCGGAAAGGCUUCUACCCUUUGCAUGUCGCUGCAGCGCUGCCAGGUCCAGAAGGUCCAAGAAUCACAAAACUGUUGCUACACAAAAAUGCUUUAACGAACCCAGAUGCACGGGCAUGUAACCAAGACGACAUCUAUGAACUUGAUAGGCUGUCCUUGUUGACAAGACAAUCAUGGAGGAGUGAUGAGAAGCCACGUCCAAAAGAGGGAGGUCAAACAGCUUUGCACAUAGCCUGCCAAAGAGACACUGACCACUGUAAUGCCAGCAAGGUAGUAGCCCUCUUACUCUCCUACAAUGCAAGCACAGACUUCCUUUGGAGUGGACAUUCUCCGCUCUCUUUGGCUAUAGCAAGUGGCAAUGACAUGGCAGUGGAGGAGCUGUUAAAAGUAGGUGCAGAUCCCAACCUACCCUUGGGUCGUGGAGUGGGCAGUGCCCUUUGUGCCCUUGGAAACUUCAACUACCAUUUAGAUGACAACCGACCAAAACUGUUGGACAUGUUAGAAAAGGCUGGUGCUGACAUCUUGAUGCCAGUUCAGGUCGGUGAUACUAUAGGGACUGCAGUGGACUACGCAUACCAGUCCUUCAACCAGGACUCCGGUAUCGCCAGCACUCCGUAUCAUGCUCUCAGCAUGGAGGAGAGAGAAGUAUUUCAAAUACGACGGCAGUUGCUGAGCAUGAUGGGAAAUCUGCUGAGGAAGGCGGCUGCCCAGAAAGAAAGGGAGCAACUAGAAAUGGAAGAGUGUCUACGAUCACCAUCAUUUAAGUUCUGUUAUCACUGUGGUCGCUCCUCCACUGUGAAGUUAACAGCUUGUACUCGUUGCCACAAAGUUUUUUACUGCUCUAUUACUUGUAAACUGAAAGCAUGGGCGGAGAAACACAAGGAAGAGUGUCUGCGGGAGUCAGGAACUGUUUACAACUUCGAGAAGAGAGUCAUGUUUCAAACUAAAAAAAGACACAAGCAUUCUGUCCUAUUGACAUCUAGAAGACCAUUUCAUGUCCAGUUUAAAUCCAAAGUUAUGGUUAUUGGAGACAACAUCUCUGAAUGGCAAUCUAUUAAUCUGAAGGAAAACUACAGCUACAACUGAGGGGCAUCCAUACACUUUGUAGACUACUGUAUCCUUAUCAUGUAAAGGGCCAUGGGGGGCUGAAGUCUAUUGCAACUAACAGGGUGACAAGAGGAGUACACCCUGGACUGAUCACCAGUAAAUCACAGGGCUUAGCCACUCACGUUCACACCUAUGGGCAAGUGCAUAAACUUUAACAAGCCAUCUCUUUGCUUUUGUAUUUUGUAUGUUGCCUGUUUUUAACAGCAUAAUUUAAAACCCACAUUAAAUUUUACCUGAAA